AUGCCUGGUUUGAUGGAGCUGGACUCGGACCUGCUUCCGGAUGCUUGGAAGGAUGACGCGGCCGGCAUACCUGCAUCUUCGAGGCCUUCCCCUGGUCUGAAGAAGCAGAAGGUGAUGAUCAUUCUGACGUGUGUCAUCUGUGGCCGCAAGUCCCAGGACACUCCAUGGGGCUUGUACGACGAGCAAGGAAAACCCGUUGGGAUUCUUUGCAGACGGGACAAAAAGAUCAUCGUCCGCAUCUAUCCUGGGGAAGACGUGGCCAAGGUGUGUGACAAGCUGGAACAGGAUCCGGCAGUCAAGCAGAUCGUCCAGAAUGCCAUUAAAGUUGUGGAAGAAGAGACUCAGAUCCAGCUGAAUCCUCCGAGCCUUGUUCAACGCAGUCAGCAGCAGGGGUAUCAAGUGUACUACAAACUAGCCUUUUUGGAUCAGGAUGAAAUGACAAGUCUCUGCAAAGACAUGACCCCUUCCGCAUGCGGCUACAAGCCCGUGGAGCUCAAAGUUGAAAACGGCGGGACUCAGCUCGGGUACUUGAUGAGCCCAGUGGGCAUGCCGGAGCAGCUGUGGAGGUCAUGCCGGAGGGUCAAAGUCAUCGGCUCCAAGAUUCUAGAGCACAACGAGCUGUUUCUGCAACCGGAAAACCAGCUUGCUCAGAUACAAGGCACAAACACAUGGAAGUGGAUCACAAAGACAGAGCUGGAGAAGCGCGAAGCAGCUUUGAAGAGCAAGUCCGGCGGUCUCAGGUACACUGAUGUCGUGCAGAAAGCCCUGGAGGUGAAAGAACACAGGAAAGAGGAGCUGGGUGCGGGCAAGGCCAACGAUGAAGCCGCAGGACAUGCAGUGGUCGAGAGCGAGUCCGAGGAGGACGAAGCUGCGAAGCAGCUGAAGCAGCUGCAUGCGGAUGCACAAGCGUCGGGCUCAUUGGAGAUGAACCUUGGGACGCUUGAGGAGGAAGACAAGAAAAAACCGAAAGGAAGGGCAGCCAAAGCCAAAGCUGGCUCGAAAGCCCGCAAGGAGUCCCCAAGCCGACUCAGCCGAGGUGGCCGGUCCAGCACGACUGGGAAGGACAAGGAGAAGGAGCUUCAGUUGGACGAUGCGAACUUGAGCAAGCUGGCCGGCAACCUUGCUCGCAUCGCGCAGCGCAUCAACAAGAUUCCUGAGUGCUUCUUGAAAUUGAACCCGGAGUGCUUCACCGUCGCCAACGGCCGUUCGGUGGACGCGGCGAGGCGGAUGCUCACGCAAAUGGAGAAAGAAGGCGACAAAAACCAACAUCUCCUUCGACCUUACGUGGUCGCAGCCGAAGCAGCCACCCUCUUGUCCGUCAAGGAUGGCCUAGACAAGGUCAAAAGGAUGACCAAAGCCAACAGGCUCAUGCACUUGGAGGCAAUCAAGGCUGUCAGCUGGGACGUGCCGGUGCAAGUGCAGUGUGCGCACACCGUGGCCGAGGUUGAAGCAGCUUUCGAGGACUUGUUGCAGAGCUGUGCCGCCUCCAGCUCCAACUCCAAGGAGUCCAAGGAGGCCAAGGUUGAGAGGAUCAUCGCAAAGAUUGCCCUCACUCCCAAUUCGGCGGCCACCUUCGAUUGGAAUGAGCCCACAUUCGACGGCUUGCUGACCGGCUUCCAGGCACUUCUGGAGAGAAGCAAGCUUUUCGGUGACGGGAACACGGACGUGGAUGACGAGGCAGCUUCCAUGGAGGCACGGCAAUGUUUCGAGUGUCUAGUGAGUCGACUGCACUUAGUGACUUAG